GUUUGCCUGGCAAUGACAUCCCGUGUUGUUGUUUUACAAACUGCGUUUUCAGCUUGCGGGCUGCUGAUUGACGCUCGCAAUGUUCACAAUAAACCGCCCUCGUGCGACGCUGUUGCUCCACAGUGGAACGGCUCUCAACCUUUGCCACUGGCGGUAACGACAUCUACUACAGUCCUGGCAUCUGAUGUUUCGGGCGAAGAGGAGGGAGACCAUGCAACAAUGCUACUUGGUACCAGCCUACUGGCCAUCCAGACCAAGCCCGUUUGUGUCUCUGAGUGAACUGACGUGAUAGAAUAUCGAUCGAGCCACCAAGCUGCAAGUGGGAGGUAGCCAGAACGCGACGCUCAGGCAAGAAGCUAUAAGCGACUGAGUGGGUGCUGCGACCGAACGAACGCUGCUGCGCCACGCAAUAAAAUAAAAAUCACAGGCAUCAGGAAGGUAGUUGUUGCUAUCGUUGCUGGCCUGGAUGAGACAUUUCUCCUUUUCACUAUGGACCUGAACGUGAGCUCACUUGCGCCGGGAGUAGCCGGAGCUGGUAUAUUUGAUGUGUUCAAGCCGCCGUCCCAAAGCCCCAAGCCGGCGUUCGAGCUGCCCCUGUUACAGGACGUGCAGAAAGCGCAGCAAGUACUGAAGGAGAAUGGCGUGGUGCGAACAAGAGUGGUCCAUCUCAAGACGGACACGUAUUUGAUGAAGGAUGUCGAUGAGUGUGGCGGACCAAAGAAGAUUGACAUCUACCUGAAGCUGGAGAAUGAGCAGAAGUGCGGAACAUUCAAAACCCGCGGUGCAGUUAAUUACGUAGCGGGCCUGGACCCCGAGGUCCUGAAGCAAGGCAUCGUCACGCCAAGCGUGGGCAGCUUUGGCCAGGCGCUGGCCAUGAUAAAGAACGACAAUCCUUUCAUCCCGUUCUGCGCCGCCCUGCUUCCCCAAGACUUGCACAUCUAUCGCAGUCAGCUGCUGGAGAACAUGGGCGCUCAGGUGCACCGCCUGCCGUUCCCGUCCUGGUGGUUUGCUCUGGAGUCGCGCACCGUACCGCCAACGUUCCCCAUUGACAGCCCGUUGCACAAAGCCCACUUCAUCCACCCAGCCACCACGGCCUGCAGUGCCGGCGAUGCAACCAUCGCACUGGAAAUUCUGGAGGAUCUACCUGACGUGGAUGCCAUCGUCGUGCCUUUCUGCACGGGAGGUUUCUCGUCCGGAGUCAGCCACCUGCUCAAGCAGGUCAACAGCAGCGCAAAGUUGUAUGCUGCUGAAGUGUCGUCGUCGACGCCACUACGUACGGCUAUGAACGCCGGCACGCCUAGCAGGUGCAACCAUACCCCUAGUUUCGUCGAUCAAAUCGGAGGAGAAAACGUUCUGCCUGAUAUGUGGAACUCGAUCAAGGCUUCUGGUAUCAAGGACUCGCUAGUUGUUUCUCCAGAACAGGUUGUAAAUGCUAUUCAGAUGAUGCUGAACGGCCUGAAUGUUGUGUCUGAGGGUGCCGGUGCUGUCACCCUGGCUGCUGCACUCAGCGGACAAGCUGGUGCAGGCAAGAUCUGCUGUGUAAUAACUGGCGGAAACAUUGAUCCAGACUUUCUCACCAAGGCUAUGCACGGUGAAGUACCAAUGCCGCGCUUUCACUGAAGUCAUGACUAAUGUGACAGGCCAACGUGAUGGGCAAGCAAUGCCUGUUGCACUUUCCCCGGCGGCGUUGUUGGUCAUGGCCUCCUGAGGGGCUCGACACGAUCAUGAGGAUCUCUGUAGGAGUUUUCUGUACACUACCAAACAUGCUCUGAUUUUUGUUCGAUUAUACCUCAGCUAUUGGAAGCUUAUUGGAAGCUUAUCAAGCGCACUUGAAUCAAUGCCAACCCUGGCCCCUUACCAGUUUUUGCAUUUAGUCUGCUCCAGGCCAUUGAUUGGCUGGUGAGGCACCAGGUGUCUGCUCAGAUGAAUCAGUAUUGUUCCGCAGCCUGCCCUUUUGUCCUUCACUGACUUUAGACCUUAUACGUUAUAGCAGUUUGAACCUUUCUUAUGGCUGCCUUUGUGUACCAUUUCAAAAUAUUACCUACCCAGUAUUCAAACAUUUAGGUGUCUGUAAUAGUUUAUAUAUAUGACAGAACUGCGAUGCAAAGUUCAUUGUGCAUUUGAAAUUCUAUACCAAAAUAGCGAGCUCGGGUUGUCCUUUAUCACCAUGGCAGGAAUGUUCAUGAUUGUAUUACGCGUAUCCACUUUAUACAGUAUCAUCAUCUGAAAGAAAUUGCUUCAGCCGAGACUGCCAUCUCAGUUCUCUCCAAGUGAUGGUAUCGUUUUGCCUCAGUCCUGUACUUCACUUGCUUUCAAUCUCA